GACGUCAGCGCUCCCACUGCAGUAUCCGGCGGAGAGUUUCCGUUGCUCGGCCUUUUCAGCUGAGCGUCUCAGCCGGGCUGCAGUCUCAGAGCCAGCGCCUCCUGAACCACCGCCCCACAAUCCGACAAAAUGAUCAUCUACAAGGACAUCAUCAGCGGAGAUGAGAUGUUCUCGGACAUCUACAAGAUCAAGGAGUCGGAGAACGGGAUGAUGAUCGAAGUCGAGGGAAAGAUGAUCAGCAGAUCAGAGGGGGACAUCGACGAUUCGCUGAUCGGUGGCAACGCGUCCGCAGACAUCUCAGACGAGGGCUGCGAUUCGACGACAGUCAGUGGCGUCGACAUCGUCCUCAACCACAAGCUCCAGGAAACCAGUUACGACAAGAAGUCUUACAUGGUCUACAUCAAGGACUACAUGAAGGCGGUGAAGGCCAAACUGCAGGAAACGAGUCCUGAACGAGUAGAGCCCUUCAUGGCUAAUGCUCAAGCUGAGGUCAAGAAAAUCCUUGGCAACAUCAAGAACUUCCAGUUUUUCACAGGGGAAUCCAUGAACCCAGAGGGAACCCUCGGCCUGCUCGACUUCCGUGAGGAUGGAGUGACGCCGUACAUGCUCUUCUUCAAAGACGGUCUUGAGACUGAGAAAUGCUAAACUACCCUGCUCGUGUCCCUGACCGCUUCUCAUCAGCGACUGGCCGUGAAAGCUUUUGGAUCAGAUCACCCAUUCCACACGACUCCCCAUCAGGAUCAGGACCAGAAGCUCUUUUAAACCCUCCUCCCCCUCCUCUACGGCCACCGCUUCGAUUCCUAUAAUCAGUGUCCAUGCAGAACUCGAAGCUCCUCCACACCCCCAGCACAGGAGGGGUGAACAGUAUUUCAGUGAGCUGGAUCACAUCAGAGCUUUGCAUUGUCAGGGGAAAGAAGACAUGAUGCAGCUCACUUUAGGGUUUAUUUUUUUAAUUUACAUCAACUUUCUUGACUGCCUGGGAAUUGGUUUUGCUGUGUGCAUGUCGGCGCUCAGACGGCAGUUGUACAGGUAUUAUUGUCCCCUCUUUCCUCGCCCAUGUUGUCCAAAUCACAGAAUUGUAUAGGAUUUCUUGGCACUAUUUGUGAAAUAAAUAAAGUCAAGCUGCUGGCUAAAAGGUG